AGCGUUUUAGUAUCGUCGUAACAUCGCUAGAGUUAAGUCGGACUUUGUGCUGCGCGCUGCCGUACGGUCGGUUUGUUUUUCGACGGGUGGAACGAUUUUUUGCUUCCGAUUGUUAUUGUUUUUGUUGCUGCCCGCUGGAAGCGCUUCUUGUGAGAAGACGGGCGGGUGAAACAGCGAUUCUGUGUUCGAGAGAAAGAUUUCAUGUGGCGAAGCGAAGAUUGCUGCUUGAUGGUUGGAAACAAGCGAAAAAUGCGAGCGCGGCUUUGAGAGGCUAUCGCGUGUGAUUGGGAAGACGUGUUCGUGCAUGUAGGAGAUCGCCAAGGACGGAGGGAACUGGUAAAGUUUUGCGUUCCUGGGUUGUGCGCGGACGAGGAGGAAGAAAACGAAAUUGUAAUUGCGAAUCGUGGUAAUUCGGGUCGGGUUUAUGUGCAUAGAAGAACCGAAGGGCGGAAAGUGGUUAUGAUUGAUGAAUUCUACUGCGGUGUCCAGGUGUGAAAAAACCGAUUACGGAUUAGGACAGCGUCUACGUGCGACAGUCGAUAAGCGACAACAUGAUUUCGGGGUGGUGAUUGGAGUGCAGCAAAUUUGAAUCACUAGAAUGUGAUUAGUGAGUAAGCGAACGGCGGUGUUAUCAACAGUGAGGUAAUCGCAGUUGGAAAACGCACAAACGAAAGGAAGCGCGAAGUGAAACAAUUAUAUGAAUCGGAGGAAGUAAGAUUACAAAAAAGAAAACAGGAAAUUUACGAAUGUUCAUCAGCUAAGUGCAAAUAUUGGAUCAACAUCGCAGAGAACCGGAACCGGCAAGGGGAGAUAGUAAGCAGAGUCUAAAACGAAGUGCUUGUGUGUUGAAAUAGUUCUCGACGUUUCUUAUCAGCAAGCAGAUAACGAAAAAAGAAGAUCGUCGAAGAAUAGAAGUGAUCAAUAUGAGUGACGAACGGUGAUAAAAAAAUCCCUUUCUUUCAUCCGUGAUUUUUGUGUCAAAUAAAAAAAAGCCAAUCUCAGAUUUCCAAUCUGAUACAAAAGUGAGUGCUGUUCGCAAUCGCCGCGUUUUCAAAAGCACAGUGCAAUGUGUCUCCUACCCGCAAAUUCGGUGCUUCUGGCACUGGUCUUGGUCCUCGGACUAACCGGGGCCGCCCACUGGGACCACGCGGUCGAUCUGGACGAAAACUACCGGCUGCUGUGGAGCAUCAACAACCAGGACAUCACCUUCGAGGUGCAGGCGCGAACCCUCGGCUACGUCGGGCUCGGGUUCUCCACCGAUGGGUCCAUCUACGGGGCGGACAUCGUCAUCGGCUGGGUCGACAACGGGCAGGUCCACUUUCAGGACCGACACUUCAAAAUGAACAGCAACGGCGAACCGCACGUGGAUCCUUCGCAGGACUAUGUCCUACUGCUCGGGUACGAGAAUGCAACCCACACGGUGCUCCGGUUCCGCAGAAAGCUGGACACCUGCGACACCAACCAGGAUGUGCCCAUCACGAACGACACCAUCCGGAUCAUCUACAUGUACCACAACCGUGAUCCGAAGAACGGUGCCCAAGCCAUCGGAACGCUGCCGGAUCCGAACGAGGCCUUCAAGGACUCGGUGCCCAUCUUUCUGACCCAGCGGGUGAACCAGGUCCCAAUCGAGUUGGACUCGCGGACGCGAACGCUGGAGCUGCGCAACAAAGACGUCGAGAUACCGAUGGGGGACGACAACCUCCGAUGGUGCAAGAUGUUCAAGCUGGACCAGUUCGUGCGGAAGCACCACAUGAUACGGUACGAACCCGUGAUCGAGUCGCGCUCCAAUCUGCCGUUCAUGAAGCACAUCAUUCUGUACGAGUGCCAGGGCUCGACGCCGGAGCUGGAGAUCAUGUCCCGCGAAUUUGGCCGAUCGUGCAUGAAGGCCGAGAAGGAGCUACUGACCUGCAACUCGAUUGUGGCGGCCUGGUCCCGCGGCUCUGAGGGCUUUACAUUUCCCCUCGAGGCCGGAUACCCGCUCGAUUCAUACCAGGCCCGUUUCUACAUGAUGGAAACGCACUACAUGGGCUUCCAGAGCAACUCGAUCGACAUGCGCCCCCGGAUGGACAAUUCCGGUCUUCGUCUGUACUACUCGACCACUCUGCGAAAACAUGACGCCGGUGUCCUCUCGGUUGGCAUUCAACCCAACUGGCGGCACAUCAUCCCGCCCGGUCAGGAAAAAGUCGUUUCCGAAGGUCACUGCAUUGAGGAGUGCACCCAGCGAGCAUUUCCCCGACCAGGCAUCAACAUCUUUGCCGUCAUGAUGCAAACCAGUCACAUGGGCAAACAGGUCCGCUUGCGACAGAUCAGAUACCGCGAAGAACUGCCGCCAAUCGCCCACGACUUGAACGUGGAUGCCAACUACCAGGAGUUCCGACGGUUGCACAACCCAGUCAAGGCACUGCCAGGAGAUCGCCUCAUCGCUGAAUGUUCCUACGAUAGCACCGGCAGGAAAACCAUCGCCCUCGGUGGUUACACCUCGCGAGACGAAACCUGCCUCGUACUCAGUUUAUACUACCCUCGCCAGAAAGAGCUCACAUCCUGCCACUCGAUACCUAGUCUGCCGACGGUUCUGCACGCCGUCGGAAUCAACGAGUUAGCUCCCGGAGCGAAUCCCAUCCGGAUAGCAUCCCCUCCGGAAAUCGCCGGAAUGACUUUGGAGGAACGCCUACUCUCCUACGACUGGAGAGUGAACUUCAACGCGUUCCAAUAUGUGAUACGGAAAGGCGCCUUCAAACCCCUUUGUUGGAGCGCCCGGAAUACCCCCAUCCCGGGCACCGACAAUAUGGAUGCGUACGCGUCGAACCUGACCCGCAUUUGGCGGCCGACGCCCACGUGUGGUGUGGCGAGUUCCACCGGGGCCGCCAAUAGCGUCAACCGGUACGUCACCGAGCGGGAAUCGAACGCGCCCAGCUGGACGCUGCUCGACGAGGACGACAGCAACAACGUGAUCGAGGGUGCGGCGCGGAGCAAAUCGAUCCGCAGCUCGACGCAAGCGGGGAUGGCCCAGUCCGGCACGGCCACGCUCGUCUCCAAGGUGGCGCUGUUUGUGAUCUUCAUCAACACACUCAGGUUAGGGCAUGCGGUACUGUGAGCGUGAGGACGGUGAAGACGAAGAAGCGAGUGAUGGGUGCGCUGUGAUUGGUGAUAGAUUAGGGUAAGGAGAAAUCUGAGCAAAUAGUCCAGGAGGUGCGACGGUGGCGAAGGCACCCCCCAGGAGAGACCAUAGAAAUACAAGACUGUUGUGUAUAGAUAGCGUGAAUGAACGACAGGAGAAAAUAAGAAAGAAAGAACGAUUAAAAUAGAUACGAAUAUUUUUGUACACAGGUUUUCUCAUAAUUUUGUAUCAUAGCGGACAAAAGAGGUAGAUUUUGUUCGAUUUUCUCUAUCGAGAAAAUCGCUAGUCAUUUGAACAGAUUCUGUUGAAUAGUAUUUAACGCAAGCAAGAAGGCAGCCGAAAGAAAGGUCACUGCCGUUUCGAAUUAUUUAAACCAUAGCGAAAACAAAGUGAAAAGAUUUAGCAUUUAGCAGCGCUGUUGAAGCGCUUGAAAAAGCAAUUUGCUGCAAUAGUCGUGAGUCGAAUACACUAAAGCCAGUUGUUGCAUUGUAUAUUUUGUACAUAAAGAAAGACGGAGCCGAUCAAGUGUAUCAUUUUUGUACAUAAAUUAGGGCUAAUAAAAAAUUGAAGAUGAAUUGAAAUUUAA